AAUCCCAAUUCAUGGAGACUAGUCAGUCACUUCUAAAUUAGAGAUGCCUUUCUUCAGGGGACUCACAAAGAAAAAACUUUUUCCCUCUGCCUCUGCUGAACAGCGGAAGAAAGAGUAUGAUUGUUAUUUACAGAAUGGAAGUUGCGUGCUUGAGGAGUUUCUUGCUUUAUGCGACGGAAAUUGCAGAAUUCCCAUCCGUUACUUUACUGCCAUAGAGAUCGACAGGGCAAUAAAACACACUAAAAGCAAAAUGGAGCUUUCCAAUGUGUAUAUGGUUACGGGCUCGCUAGACAACCGCCUCGUUUUAGUUAGGUUCAACAAUUGUGAGUUCAACAAUAUCCACCGAGAUAUAGCGAUUACUGCUCAAAUGAGUCAUCUCAAGAAUGUGUUAAGACUUGUCGGUUGCUGUCUAGAAUUUGAAGAGCCAGUUAUGGUGUAUGAAUAUGUUGAAGGAAAAUUGGAAAUGAAAUCAGAAGAUGGUGUGCUCGGAACAAUCGGGUAUAUAGCUCCUGAAAAUGGCUUCUAUGAUAUUAUUACUCAAAAAAUUGACGUCUACAGCUUCGGGGUUCUUCUCUUUGAGCUAUUAACUGGAAAAAAAAUGGUUGAAAUGGUGGAUUCUGCAAUUUCAAAAGAGCCAAUAGAUUGUGAAGAAGACAACAAAUCCAAUAUUGAAGAGCGUAAUGCUAUGGAUACAUCUUUUGAAAAUCUUCCACCCAACAGUGUUGAUCGCUAUAUUAAAGAGAACAGUGUAAUAGAUAGAGUGGAUCCUACCAUUUUCGAAGAGCAUGGAAUCGAAAUUCAACAACAAUUGGAAGACUACUUAGACCUUGUUAAGAGAUGCACAACUUACAACGGAGAAAACAGACCAUACAUGAUUCAUGUUGCAAGGGAAUUACGCCGAAUUGAGAAAUGCUUCCGUGCCCUCACUAUUGGUCAAAAUUAAAUGUUUGUUUUAAUACAUGAGGUGAAAAAAGAAGUUUGCUUCUACUGUCAUAUUUAUGUUGAACAAUAAAUGAGAUCUGCAGACAAUGAAGUUGCCAAUCUAGUACUUACUUUUGUGCUCUA